AGCAACUCCACUCAUCGGCGUGGUAAUCCCUGCAGCAGUUCCUCCUCGGCUGCAGGUUGCUAUGCCGUUUGCCAACAAAUGGCAACUAUCCUAACACAUUUCCUUCUUCACCGGUAAUCGCACUCCUCCAUCUCCAUACAGCCAGCUACCUGCUAUCGCUCGAGCCACGUCAUGGCCCUUGUGAUUGUGGGCGUCGCCGCUGGCUUCAUCUCGAUAGCUAGCGCGGAUGCUCCCUUGCAGUUGGAAGGUACGGUAAGGGUGGAUGAACUUGGACAGCGUUGCCGGAAUGAUUGGCACUGCUAUGACCAUAUUGGCAGACAUGUGAUUUGUGUGGAUCGUCGAUGCGUGUGUCGAGAAGGAUACAAACCUGCCAUUGUAGACGGCUGGGUUGAAUGCAAGCCUGAGACCGUGAUAGGUGACAGUUGCUCCUCAGCAAAACCCUGUUCAUUCUAUUCGCGAGCAGUCUGCCUCAAUGGAACAUGUACAUGCAAGGAUGAUACGUACGUUGCAGAUGACCACUGUGAGAAAUUUACCUCAUUUGAAAAGCAAGGAGGGGAGAGCUUCCAUACUACGUCCAAGUUCAACGUCCUCGCUAUCCUCAUGAUUGUUGCCAUUUUGGUUGUGGCACUCCUGUUCCUCGUAAACCAGAGGAACAUGUUCUUCUAUUUUCCAUGCUGCAUGAGAGAUUCUACGCGUGCAGCUCUGCAGCAGACAGCUGCAGUUGGCAUUCCUGUGGAUCAGCACAUUGCUCCGAGCAACAUUCAUGGCAUCCACACCUCAAACUCCCAAGUCUCAUUGAACAUUUACCAGAUGCAGCAAGACAAGCCCCCAUCUUAUACAGAUACGGUGCUCAAUGUGCAAUACCUCCCAUCGUACCAAGAGGCAGCGGCGUCCCCCCCGGUCCCUAAGCCGUCAUGAACCUGUCAUGGGCGAAAUGCAGUGGAACCUAUCCCAGCAAUCCCUGUAUCUCAGUCCUGCAGUGGAAUGCUUCCCACGCCAGAGUCGAGCCACUCCAAGUCAUCAGAGAACCGAGGCAUGCAUGAACACCGCAGCUAAAUUUGACAUGGAACUCGUCGUUCUACUUGUCCCAGUGCAACGCCCACAUCUCCGAGAGCUGUGACUCCACAUCCUCUCAAAGUCUGAACCGUCAACAAGGCGCCAGUUACAGGCACGCUUUGUGCACGGACACAGCUGUCUAGCUGCCACUGCUUCUCCUAACCCGGUGAUGUGAAUGUGCUUCAUGCAAGGCUGUGUACAUGAGCUGCAGUGGCGUAAGCUUUCUAUAGUCCUUUACGGAAAGCUCUGUACUCAAGUUGAACUACGUAAACUUUCGGUAGUUAUUCAUGGAAAGCUGUGUACCUGUGUUGAACUGCGCAAGCUUUCUGUAGUUUGUUGAAAGCCGUGUACCCAAGUUGAACUAAACAAGCUUUCUAGAGUUGUUUCUGCAGCUCUUCCUUUUUGUUCUCCCAUUCUUGUUCAGCAUCGUGUUCACUUCUGUGAUGAGACUUAAGUAUUCCGGAGCCGAAAAGUCAUGAAGCCUACUAAUUUAAGUGGGCAAAUGACACAAUUUCUUCUUCCUCUCUUAUUUUUUAUUUUAUUUAAGUCACUUGUUGGAUUCAUUUUUUUUUUCCAAUAGCUUGUGUUGAGCACCCAGAUUGACAGCAAAGGACCGCCUGUCGUACUGUGGCUGUUAUGUUUACCAGUGUUUACUUCUACAGGCAAAUCUUUUUGACAAAAGAAAUCUGUGCAAAUGUAUGUGAUAAAAGUGCAAGUGGGACUUAAUGAUGUAUAGUCAUGCUAAUUGAAGCAUGGCCAACUACCUUAGACCUUGUACUUAGCAGCUCUCAGUCUUGACUUUAUAGCUUUGCAUCUCGUAGGACCCUUGGGGUUUCUAGACACCAGGAAGUUGCUGGAUCUUGUGAUACCCAAACUGUGCAAUCGUGUUUCUUCGCUUACUGUUUUCAGAUGGUAGUGCCAGGCAGACAAAUAGAAGUUGCUAUCAGUGAUUGAGAGAUGCUGUUAUAGGUACUAUAAAUAGUGAUGAUUAUAGUGACCUACUAUACAAGUGUCAGUCCAACUAUGGAGGUACUAGUAUCACCCUAGAGAGAUUGCAACUUAGUUUUGCUACACCAUGUACAAAUUGUAUGUCUGUGUGUGUGUUUGUGUGCGUGUGUGUCAGAACGUGUUUUUUUCUCGCUGCUGUUCACAAAGCAGAAUAUUGAAAACACCUCUUGGCAGGUGUCAUCACAGUACACUUCUAUGCAAAUAUAUCUAGCUGCGCCAAGUGUAGCCGCACCUGUAAUAACUAGCAACCCAAUGCAGAAGCAAAUUAAGAAAGUAUACAUUGCAUGUAGCACAAUUUUUUAGCUACAUAACCCACACUUGAGUGCUCUUAGCAUUUCUACUUGAGGUAUUACCCUGCAGUGUAUUGUGCUACAUACACAUAGCUUGCGUUAGCCUCUAUGCCUGCCCAGUAAUGGAUAGUAUUUUUUAUAUGAAGCGCUUCUCACAGUGAACCUCACACAUUAUUUCCCAGCAUGCCGCAGGGUUGUUCUGUGCAUUGUUGACGAUGGUACUGUACCACAAAUGGUCACCAAACUUUGUCAGUGCUGUGCCGUUCGUCUAUAAUGUUGUGGUUGUUGGCUUCCAAGCUGUGUAUGACGAAGUUCUCAUCUGUGACCGACACUGUUUUGCAGCCCAAUAUCAUGUCUCUGUCUUUGAUGUUACGAUUGUUAAAAUGAAGCCAACUUCUCAUAGUGUCAGCGUCAUGCCUUUCUCAAAAAUAAAUCUGAUGCCUGUUUUAAUGUCAACCUUUCUCCAGACGAAAAGAAGCUUAUGCCCCUGUGAAAGUAGUAUAGGUCAUGCUAAUGUGGCAUGUGUUUGCUCUUGAAUUUGGCAUGAAAUGCUUAUUCUACACAAAAGGUUGUCAUGUUGCGAAUGCAGACCAAUUAACUUUUUUCAAGUAAUUUUGCGAGCACUUGAGCUGGAAGGCACAGCUUGUGCUGGAGGCAAUGUCUAGCUACCUCUCAAGAUCUGCAAAAUGAUGAGCAACCAUCAUUGUGUAAGAGAUUUCGUUUUGGCUUGUACCUUAUAUUUAAUAUUUUUGUGUUGAGUAUUUUAUUUUUAUCUGCAGGAUUGUUGUUUGUUAGUGCUGUCUGUGUCACCUUCUCCAGAAUUUAUUCGUUAAUUUACACUUUUUGUACCCCGAGUGUGAAUGCUUUUUGCACCACUCGUGAAUAAUAAGUUUACAUGUCCACUAAUUCCUUGUCAGUGAGCCUGUAGUGGCAAAUUGUGCAGCUAAUUGAUGUCAGUUUGCAUUCACUUUGAUUGCACACAGUUUUUUUCCUACUGUUUGUGGUCACAGACAUUGUUUGCAAGGAAUUGUAGUUUGGUCCAAAAAUAAACUGUUCCAAGUUGUUGAA